GCAGCUGAUGUGAUAGUAUUUCUUAUGGAAGCCAAUGCUACCCCAGGUCCAUUCGGAGAGAAGUGUUUGUCUUGUGUUGUUGCACAGGGAAUACCAUCUUGUUUCCACGUUGUUCAGGUAUUUGAGAUUGCUACAAGGGUUUCGAACUUUCGUGAUAUUAUAUUUUUCGUUGUUUUAUUUUAUUAGUAUACGGGUAAUCAUGCGAUUGCGAGUACAAUUAGGGAUUAAUAGUACGAGUGAUGUUUAGCAAUUUUGCCAAAACUGGACGAGCCGCCGGGCCAGUCCAAUUUGGCAAAAUUUCCAAACAUCACGAGUACUAUUAAUCCCUAAGUGUACGAGCAACAUCGCAUGAUUACUUGUUUAUUAUUAGCAUGAAAAAAUUGGAUAAUUCUCAAUGUCGACAUCAUAUUCUUUCGCCAAAGCCCAGUCCUGCCAGACUUUCAACCAAAAUUUGGUGCUUUUGUUCGUAUUUUCAUUUAGUUCUUUUGCUUUAAGUUCCUCUAAGGCAAUUUCAUUUGUUUAAAUACCUUUCCGCCAUUUUGUUUGUUUUGGGAAAUAAUUGUACUCCUCUCAUUCAAUUAGCAUCCAGUAAUUUUGUCAUGCUAAUAAUAACAUACUGUAAAGUAAGAAUAGAGAUUUUCGUGCCGUAGACGCGUGAAAUAAAAAUCGCAUCUCCACGGCGGACUAUACUUUUCACAUGUGAAAUUUAUCAUCUCAGCGUUUUGAUUCGCUGGUGUUUUCGCGCUCAAAAUUGUAAUCAUGGUCCACGGUUUUAGCGGGAGAGAGAGAUCUAUAUGACUUCGUAUAUAAAACAUUGAUGAAAAUUAUAGGAAAAUCUAACUUUUGCCUGUACAGUAAGUAUAACAUUUAGGUUUUGUGUAAAGAGAAAUUUUCGAUGCAUCCUUCUGUUAUAAACUCAAGUUUUAGAAAAGUGAAAAAUGGAUAAAUUAGUAAUAUUUAUUUUGCAAUGUCAGAAGUCCAUGCAUAUGCUGUUCAAACGAACAUGCAAAUGCUGGACAAGCUAUAGAAUUUUGGAAAAAAGAAAAUACAAUCAUGACUUAUGAAAUAAUACUGUACCGUGAUUUCAGGGAAUUCGUGAUAUCCCGCCAAAGAAGCAGAACAAUGUGAAGAAGAAUUUUAAUAAACUUGUUGAGCAAAGGUUUGUUGGAUUGACAUUAUUCCGUUGUAUUAAAAAUCGACUACUAUCACUUUAUUUUAAUCAUGCAUACAAUUAUUGUGACAAAUUCCAUUUCUUACUUACAGGGAUUUACAGUAAAUAGUCCUUGCAUCAAUUCCAUAAAAAUGAUUUUUAACAGUCACAUUAUAAUGAUACUGACACAGAAUUGCUGUACUUGUAGCCAGAGUUCCCAAUAUAGAAGCUGACACUAUAAACGUAUAGACAAUCGCCGCAGUUAUAUUUCUCGAAAUUACAAACCAAAUAUUUCCUCCUUAUACUGCAGAAAUGUCAAGGGAAAUGUCAAGUCUUGCUUUUCUGACAUAAUUUUACGAAACAAUGGCAAAACCUCCAAAAUCUAAAUCUCAAAAAUGGCUGUAAAUGCCAUUUCAGAGGGUUUAAAUUUCUCGGUCCCCCCCCCUCCCCACAGACGAGUGGUAUCCUGUACCAUCGGCGCCACUUAGACGUCUACAUCUUUCAAAAUCCCUCCUACUCCAAAUUCUAUUGGGAGCCCUGUGUAUACCGGUAUGCACGAAAGCCGGGUAGCUCUAUAUCCGCCGAUAAAUUUGGCUGUUGAUUAUAGUAUAACCCAGGUUAAACUUUAUAUUAUUUUUUAUAAUAUAGCAUUUGUAAAUUCUGAACACUGAUUGGCUAAGAGCCGUGUUCACAUAACUCAUUGUCAACACGGAAAAUUUCUUUCUUUAUCCUUCUUCGUGCAUGCUACAUGUAUGUUUUAAAGAAAUAUAAAACAUUUUCCGUAUUGAUACUGUAUAGUAUACAGUUAUAUCAACACGCGAGGAAAUUGGGAAAACUCGAAAUUGCGUGAAAACACUCAGCACUUGCUAGAUAGUAUACUUCAAAAUAAGAAUUCCGUUUUUAUAUCAAUUUUUAAAAUAAGUUAGGGUUAGGCUAAGGUUAGUAUUAGGGUUAGGGUUUAGUUUUGCGUUAGGAUAGUUUUUUCUAAGUUGUAUAAACGGAAACCUUAUUUUGAAGUAUACUAUCUAGCAAUAACCGAAAACACUCCGUUCUCCGGGCGUCGUGUUUCCACGCAAUUUCGAGUUUUCCCAAUUUCCAUGCCGAGUGUUGACAUAACUGUAUAUCAACACGGAAAAUGUUUUUGUUAAAUAUUAUAUUUAUGAAAAGUUUCUCUAUGUUAAUUACGUGUUCCGUGUCCGUCGUUUCACAGCUUUUCAGGCGUUUUGAAAUGUUGAAAAAAUCGCUACCUGCACGAUGGAUAGCGCUAUCAUCGUCCGUCAUAGAUUGUAUAUACUGUAUACAGGGGUCCAUCACCUGGUGAUUUCAAAACGACCGCACAAAUUGCAAUGCAAUGAAAUCGAGUUUAACAUCGGGUUAGUAUUGCUUGCAAAAAAAUGUAACGAUAUUUUUUCGUCAAUUUUAGAUUUCCAAAAGAGAAGAUUCAUACUCUAGAUACGCCUCGG